AUGGGCUCGCCAUUCACCCAGGACCGAUGCACCACCGCUCAAGAACGACAGUGUGGCCCCGGCUCAUUUAAGGUGGAUUACCAUGGUCACCCGAUCCCGGAAUGUCGUCUUGGAGAGCAAACCAGGCCAGGGGUUUCACAAAGUCUCUCCAGACCUUGGUACUCCUUCCCUGCUCCGGAAGCCUGGCCUCAGGGAUCACUGGUGACUCGUCACCCCCACGCCCUGCCGGAGAGCACCCGCGACUCGGGCAGGGAAGAGAACGGCAGGGGUGCUGAGGACAAAUACUUGCCGGCCGUGCCUCCGUUCUACAGCUCCCCCUGGAACUCCUGUUGCCUGCCCCAGCCCUCCUCAGCUCCCAGCCCGCCUGCCGAUCGGACUUCGGCCGGACCGGGGCCCGCCACUCUGCAGAACCACGGCCAGAACCUGCCUGGGGGGCACCGGAGCGAGAGUCAACCAUCCAGCCCCCAAAUCCUGGGGGAGGACCACAGAGCCGGCAGUCCCGGGCGAGAUGAUGGAACCGGAUGGAUACCUCCGGACGGCGGCAAUGAAGAUUCUCCCACUUCGGAGGACUUGGAGCAGUUUGCAAAAGAGCUGAAGAAGAAGCGCAUCACAAUGGGCUUCACACAGGCUGAGGUGGGCUUGGCCCUUGGGGCUCUGUAUGGGAAGAUGUUCAGCCAGACGACCAUCUGUCGUUUUGAGGCGUUGCAGCUGAGCUACAAGAACAUGUGCAAGCUGAAGCCCCUGCUGCAGCGGUGGCUACAAGAGGCCAAGGAUAACGGCAACUUUCAGGAGCUAUGCAGCAUCGAGCAAACAUUGACUCCGUCACGCAAGCGGAAACGGCGAACCAGCAUCGAUAACAACGUGAAGGAGGCGCUGGAGAAUUUCUUCGUCAUGUGCCCGAAGCCAACCACUCAAGAGAUCUCGAAGAUUGCUGAUGACCUCAACCUGGAAAAGGAUGUCGUCCGAGUCUGGUUCUGCAAUCGCCGCCAGAAGGGGAAGCGGGCUGCAUUCCAGUUUGGGGAAGAGUUUGAGGGGUUACCCGAGUAUGGAGUGUCCACAUUCCCGUCAGGUGGGUUCGGUGCACAGGGCUACAACGGGGCAGCCGUCUCUGCCGCCACCAUCUACGUACCCCAGCUCCACCAGGGGGAUUCAUACCACAGCAGUGUGUCGGCACAGGGCCCUCCAGGGCCUAGGACAAUGCACUCGAGUUAG